CCCGUCCGGAGUGGGUCACGUGUCUGAUCAGCUGUUAUGCGGCACAUCCGCCUGACUCGCGCUAGUGUUUACAUGCAGGCUGCACGGGGCAGAAUGGGCAGACCCGCCUGAAGUAUUGCAGAUUAAUGGUUAGUGGACUGUGGUCUCCGCUGUGAACCAGGCGAGUCUAACAGACAUGCAGCACCCAAACUUCAAAACACGACAUCCGCUGCAGCAAGAGGAGCAGGAGACGGGUUACGACCCUCUACAGAACUACAACAGCAACAGAGAGCGAUCAUUGGAUAGUACUGUUGAGUACACGCUUCAGUCAUACAGAAAGGAGUGGGAUGAUUUGUUCCAGAACAGUAACUAUCUGGCGCGGAUCAGGCAGGCUGGCAUUAACGGCCGAUUACGGAGCAGCCGAUUCCGCAGCAUAUGCUGGAAGCUUUAUCUGGACGUCCUCCCAGAAGAUAAGACUCAAUGGAUCAGGCGAACCAAGGAACACCGAGCACAGUAUGAGAAGAUCAAAGAGACGCAUAUUACAAACCCUCGCAAAGCUGCCGGCCAACAGGACCUGGUGGUGAACAACCCACUGUCACAGGAUGAGGGGAGUCUAUGGAAUAAGUUCUUUCAGGAUAAGGAGCUCAGGAGCAUGAUCAAACAAGAUGUUUUACGAACGUUUCCAGAAAUGCUGUUCUUCCAGGAAGAGGAUGUCAGGAUGAAGCUGACCGAUAUUCUCUUCUGCUAUGCACGAGAAAACGAACAGCUACUCUAUAAGCAGGGUAUGCAUGAGUUACUGGCACCUAUAGUGUUCGUCCUUCACUGUGAUCACCAGGCAUUUCAACAUGCCAGUGAGACGACCAAUCCCAGUGAAGAGAUGAAAGUCCUUCUGGAUCCUAAAUUCCAUGAGCACGAUGCUUAUGCCAUGUUCUCUCUGCUCAUGGAGACAGCAGAACCCUGGUUCAGCAGUUUUGAGCGACAGGUCAGAAAGGGCAAAGAAGAAAUGUUAACCAGCAUCCCCUUUGCAAGGCCACAGGACUCGGGCCCCUCUGUUGCCAUAGUGACCAAAGUCAACCGAAUUCAGGACCAGCUAGUAAAGAAACAUGACAUUGAACUGUACAUGCACCUCAACAGACUAGAAAUAGCUCCCCAGAUUUAUGGCAUUCGCUGGGUUCGACUGCUGUUUGGUCGGGAGUUUCCCCUGCAAGAUCUGUUAGUGGUCUGGGAUGCUCUUUUUGCUGACAGCAUCACUUUGGACCUGGUGGAUUAUGUGUUUGUCGCUAUGCUUCUGUACAUCAGAGAUGCAUUGAUCGCUAGUAACUUCCAGACAUGUCUCGGGCUCCUGAUGCACUAUCCUCCUAUUGGAGACAUCCACUCACUGCUGCUGAAAGCACUAUUCCUCAGAGACCCUAAGAAUAAUCCACGACCUGUAAACUACCAGUUCCAACAAAACCUUGAUUACUACAAAACCCGUGGGGCUGACUUGGUCAACAGAACUCGGGCCAGCACCAAAGUAGCACCUCUCAACAUUAAUAAAGUAUCCAGUUCUCUUCUAAGUUUUGGCCGGAAGCUCAUCGCACCGAUGGGAGGUGGUUCCAGCGGUAUCUCGCCAAUUAAUAGUGAGGUGAUAUCAGCUCUUCCCCCUCAAGCUGAAGUGUCCCGCUCAUUGGCUGAGCCUCCAUCAUGCACCACCCCCACAAACACACAGAUGAAAUCUCAGCCAUACCCACAAACACAGAAUCAGCACCGGCUACUGAAGUCUGAAAGUAUGCCGGUACACCUCAGCAAAGAUUUAGGUUCUUGUGGAGCCUCUCAGAUAUCUCUCCCUGCCCAGAUUCACUCUGAUACCGCAGGCCACACCUCCUGGAUGGUUAGCUCCUCCCCCAGCACUGAAAGUCUGUCUGUCAUGUCUUCCCCUCCUCUCCCAGUGUCAAGGGGCCGAGACUCCAGCACAUCGUCUCCUCCCCCCUCUGCCACAAAGAAAGACUCUUUCUUUAACAUCAGUCGCUCACGGUCCCACAGUAAGACUAUAAACAAGAAGGAUGCGGAGGAGCUGGAGGCCCAGGUGUCAUUCUUACAGGGUCAGAUUAAUGACCUAGAGGCCAUGAGUAAAUAUUGUGCCAAGAUGAUGAACACGCACAUAGGCAAAAUUCAAGAUGUGAUACUGCAGGAGCAUCUGGAGAAGGAAGAUGAGGUUCUGGUGUCACUUGCUGGACUAAAACAGAUUAAGGACAUCCUGAAGGGAGCUCUCCAAUUCAACCAGAGCCAGCUGGAGUCAGAGGAGAAUGAAGAGAUCACCAUAGCAGACGAUCACUACUGCUCCACUCUGGACCAGAGUGAUCCAGACCACUUGGCUGAAGACACAGCUGUUUCUACUGGCAUACAGCAAAAGGCUCCACAGUGCAAAGACCACCAGGAAGGAGACGUGGAAGCUGAGAAAGAAAAGGAGGAGCAGGAGGAGGAGGAGAAGAUGGAGAAGGUCUUGACCACUGAGGAUAUCGCCACAAUACCAGAGCCACAGGCCACUGAAGGGAGAAACUGGGAUGACUACAUCUUGGUCUCACAGGAUGGCGAGCCAUCUGAGAAUGAGGAGCAAAGCAUAACCACCAAGGCUCCACUCUGUAAGCAUAUACGUGGCCUAAACAAGGCGGAUUUUCAAGACCCUCUGAUGGGGACCACAUCAGGGUCCUCCAGUCCAGAUGAUGGCAGCACUCACAGCAAGGACUCUGAUUUCACUAUUGUUAAUCCUACUGACCUUUGAACCUGGAUUCCCUCUAAAUAUGACUAGACCCAUCUCCAACACUAAAGAAACUCUGCCGGACAUUUGCAGAUACAAUCUCAGGCUGAUUGCCUCAUGUGCCCCAAGCCCUGUAACUGAAUCCUGGACCACUGACUGUGUAUUUAAGUACAAUCUCAUUCAAAUGUCUCUUUUCUUUAUGCCCCAAAUAUAAGGCCCUAUACUGUACCAUGUAUACCAUGGAUCCUUUGCUCCGUUACUUAGAUGUGGUAUCCAAAGCCAUAAAAAGCAGCCUCAACUCAAAUGAGAUUCUCCAUUCUGUAAUUUUUUUUGUUUUAAAUGCCCUUACGACUGAAAGUUUUUGACAUCACUUGAUGUCUAUUUUGAAGCCCUAUAUUUGGUUUCUCCUAAAUCGAUAUCCUGUGAAAUACAUUAAGCACACUCUCUGCCUCAGAUAAAAGCUAUAUUUGCUACCGUUCUCCCUCUAUCUCCGUCUUUGUCUUCUUUUGGAUUACUAAGUGUUGUGACACUGACAGAUGCUCAGUCUAGUAGUAGAGAGCUCUAUCAUCCAUAUGGACUGAUUGUUGCUAUCCUUCACUCACUUGUCUUUACUGAUUUUCCAUUAACCAGUGCCUGAACAGUUGUCCAGUUUUGUCUGUUUUCUUUUUUUAAGAUUUGCGAUUUUAGACCACGACAUUAUUUGUUAAAUUAUUAAUGAUUCUUUCAUAUUUGUCAUUUUAAGCCAAUGUUAUGUGAUCCUUUUGUGUUGUAGUAUUUCUCUGGCGUCAGCAGUCUCAUUUUGUCUUGGUUCCUGUGGUAACUGUGUAUUGUUCUGCACAUGACACAAGGGAUAUUUCUAAUACUGAUAUCUUAUUAACUCUGGAUGAAUAAAAAGCAUUACUCUUGUCUAAUCCAAA